AGCCGUACCUGGCAGACAGGUUCUCUCUUUCCCGGCGCACCCACGACAUGUCCGAUAAACUGCAUUCUUCGAGAGAAACACGGCGUGCCGGUAUAUAGCAGCAUCAGCAUCACAUCCGUGGCUUGUGAGUUUAUUUUUGGUAAGCGCUUUCAUCGGAUCGACGAAAGGUGUUCGUUAAUUGGCCAAUUUACCCAUAAGAAAAAUUUUCGGUUAGCUCGUGGCAAAAAUUAAUAAUGUGGUGGCCCCGGCCACGGUGGAAGAGUGACAUUUUCACGCGUUUUGCAUUACAUUUAUUAUUUAUCAUCACAACUAUAACUACGAAAAACGCAGUGAUGGCAGACGAAGGGCAACAGCAUUGCGGCUCGAGUAAUAUGUCUGUUGUAGUAUGGACAACUGUACUUUGCACGAUGCUAUUGGUUUUGGCAAUUGUUGCGAUAUAUUUUGUUUACUGUAAAAAAAAAGAGCAUGACUGGUCAUCGUUAUGGUGGAAAAGCAAUUCAGACAAAAAUCUCGUACUACAAACAUCAGCCCCUGUGAAAAACCAACAAGUGAAAAAUAGUGGCACUGAUAAUCCGGCAUUUUCAGCGGAUGCUUAUAAUGGCGACUGUAUCACAAAAACAGGAUUGAAUAGAGUCAUGCGUGUGUCCUCGUCGUGUUUAAACGAAGGAUCACUGGAAAAUGAAUUGUCAUUAAAAGAAGAAUACGGCAGAAAAAUCUAUAUGUGUAAACAUAGCGAUGGAUCAAAAGAUCAGUUGGUCGCGUUGCGGUUGGUGUUCGACAAGGACCAACAACAACAACCGAGUAGACCGCCGGCCGCGGAACUGAGUCGCGCCCUGGUCGAGUUGAGUCGCAAGUACGGGUUGCACGUCGAACUGGAAACCGAAGGAGAAGCGGCGGCCGCGGGAACGCCGGAAAAAUCCGACGACAACGCGGCAAAAUGUGCAAAGUCCAACAUUCUGUCGGCUGUCCGCGGACAAGCGCAACGUCUGUGGCACCAGAGACAGCUGGUGUUCAAAGGAGGUGACGGCGGCGUGGACGCGGAGAAGGAGAUCGCGGACGGCGACGUGGAAAGCGGCCGCGUCGAUGCGGCCCACGCGGGGAAGGCUCCGCCAGUGCAGAAAUCUGUUGUGUGCACGGUGACGACUGUCAACGAAAAGGCGGAAGUCGAACGGCCGGCCCGGAACCACGGCGGCUCGUUACGGUACCGCACUCUGGAGUACGGCGCGUCGCCGGCCGACGCUGAAGCGCACUCGUCGCCGGACAGCGGCGUCCAGUGUUGUACGGUCAAUCCGUCGGAAAGCGUCCGGAUGCGAGCGGACAAAGACGCCGUGUUGACGGUGACCGUCGACAGAGAUGUGGCGGCGGAAGAAGUAAAAGACGCAGUAGUCGUGCGGGAAUCGGCGAAAGACGUGGUGCUGCAGGUGCAGGUGACGGCGGACAAGGACGAAGUGGUGAAAUCGGAAAAAGACGGAGCGGUGAAAUCGGAAAAAGACGAAACGAUCGCGGUACCGGAAGAAAACGCUACGGCCCCGUUGAAAACGGUCCACGACGACGAAGACAAGGGGGGCAGCAAACCGGCGGUGAUAAAACCGACGAAAAACGACGAACCCAAACACGCCAACCCGCCACCGCCACCGCCGCCCCGCAAGUACAGCGCGUCGGUGACGGUCGCGCCGACCGUUCCGGCGACAGCGAUCGUCACAUCGCGAACCGCCGCUGCAACAGUCGCCUUCACCGCGUCCGGUGCCGAUAGCGUUACUGCUGCAGCUCCGCCGGAAGAGCGGUGCGGCACGACGCCGGUUCCGGUCGCUCGCGCCGAGCCGGUCAAGCCGUCCACCACCGCGGCUGCGGCGACGACGAUCGGCGAAAUCCGAGUGGACGACGACUAUUACUGGUGCACCACGACCGCAAUGGCGCCGCCACCGCCGAUGUCGACGUUCGGGAAACGACCGUCCGCGACGUCGAGCGUCGACAGCGGCUGCAGUGCCGGCGGUGCAGCGGACGCCGCGACGACGAACGACGACGGCGGUGCAGCCGUCCCGGACGCGUGCGACAAAGGCCUUACCGCGGCCGCAGCCGCACUGGCGGCGGCGGACGACGGCCGAGACGUGCAGGUGGCCGGCGGCACGACCAGUAUCGAGGACGCGUCGUUGCCGUCGUUCUCGUCCGACGAAGAAGAGGACGACGAAGACAAUAAUAAUUGCAACAACGGCGAUGCGGUACCGGUCGGCGGCGACAAGUCAAAGUCGCCAGCUGCGACUUGCGAUUCCGUCGAUACUUCGGCGCACGGUGUCGACACGAGGGCGGUCCGUAAAGACAGCGACGGCGGCGGCGUCGACGACGGAAACGUCGCAAAGACCGCCGUCUACGACGGCUCAUCGCUCAGCAACAACAACAACAACAACAACAAUACCGACGACAAAAUCAACAAAAACAACAACUACGACGACGACGACGUGGACGGCGGGAGCGCGGCGGUACCGUCCGCCGCGGCCGAACCGAAAUCGCCCGCGACGAAACUGCCGACCCUGCGGCUGUCGCUGUCCUCUCCGAUGUCGUCGUAUACGGCCGCCACCGGUGCCGCGACGUCGUGCUGUUCGUCGUCCGCGUCGUCGACCUCGCCGUCGCCCACCAACAGCACCGCCAACAGUUCGCCAAUCAUAUACUCUUAUUUGUAUAAAACAACAACAAAAAAAAUAAAUAAACUAUUACUCGGCAAAUCAUGA